AGAUCUGUGUCGUUACCAAAGUGAUCACACAUGGAAUAGGAGAAAUCAACUUCCACACACACUCAAACGAUCGAGGGGAGAUAACAAUUAUUGCUAUCAACCAAAUGUUAACAAUUCUAGUCACCUCGACCACAUACCUUUGAAUAUAACUGGGACCACAUCCAAUAUAAGUGAACAACCAUCUUCAGUACCAAUGACAAGUGCCUUCACUUCUAUCUGUAAACCACCUCUACCAGCUGUACCUAAAGUAACAACAAUACCUGAGGUACCUCCUCUAUCGACAUCGCAUAUCUAAUGCUAAAAUAUUUAGUAACUAAUGGUAGGAAGUUGCCAAACCAGAACAAUACCGGUCUAAAAACCUUGCACCAUUUUAUGUUUGUCUGCUUACUAAGUUCAAAUUAUAACUUAGCUAGUCAUUUGCCAGGGUCUUCUUUCGAUAAUCACAUAAUUUAACUUACUCUUACUAGUAACACUACCAAUAAUAACUUUACCUUAUAUAAAAGUAGAGUUUGUAUAUUACAGCAAAUAUUUUAAUGAAAACCUUAAAAGUAAUUAUAAAGUACUUUAAUAUUAAUAUUUGAUCAAGAAAUAUUUUAGAAUAUAUUUUACAAAAGUUAUAUAACAUUGUCAUAACAUUUCUUGAACUUAUAAAUUUACGAUAAAUUUUCACCAAAUAGGACUUUUUAUUUUGCUUUCUUUAGUCUUUAACUGAAGUAAAUUCAUUCACAUCAAAGAAUAACAAUAGAAAAUAUGACAGAAUUACCAAACUAUUUGGAAUUACUAGUGCAAUUAAGAGUGAAAUAUUCUUCCAAAUUACCAAUACCUACUAAAGUUUGCUUGGAGGAACUUAGAACCAUAAGUGUUAUUGAAGCUGUCAGAAUAUAUUUACUGAAGGUAACUGAAUAUACAUACAUACAUAUAUAUAUAUAUAUAUAUAUACACACACACACACUGCAGCCAUGCAAGAAAUAUAUAACACACCUAUUCUUUAUACUCUCUGGGCAUUUUCAUGUUAGAAUCAUUGCCGAUAAGAUAAAAUAUGGAAAUUAUAACCAAUCUGAAAUAGAAACAUUUCUAUUUAAGUUAAAAAAUGGCAAUGAUAAUUUCUUUCUUUGAAAUAUUUUUGAUACGUUGUAAAAAUAAACAGAAGACUUAACACUGUGUCCAAAUUUUCAAGAAUAAUUUACUAUGUUAAAACAAUAUGCAACAUUGAUUUGUUGAUAAGUGAAAUGGGAGUUUCCAAGACCAACAAAAUAUAAAAAAAGAAAUAAGUGGACAGAAAUGAAAAAUAUAGAAAAUUGAAUACAUGACAAAUGAAUAUAUUAGAAAUGAAUUCAGAUCUUCUUUUAAUGAAGAAGCUUCGAUUUUAAUGGAUAUUUAUUUUAGGUUUCAAAUGUGAAAUUUACAAAGAUUUAUUUCCUUUUCAAAAGUAUUAGUUCUCAUCUAGGAAUACAAAUAAGAAUUACUCCUGUUCUAAUCAUCAUUCAACAUAAUUAUUUGGAGCCAUAAUUACAUAUUUUCAAAUGAGAUCAAUGCUUAUCUUAUGAAAUCAAUACAUCAAAAUAUCAUUUAAUUUCAAUUUCUAAGGAUGUCUCAAGCAGAUAAUUUUGUAAAACCAAAGUGGAAGUUCAGAUAAAAAGUUUUGUAACUUUGACUGAAGUUAGAAAAUAAUUUUUUUCUCUUAAAAUUAAAAUCAAACAUAGUUUUAAAAUAUGAUAUUUUAUAUUUCAUAGCUUUAAAACUUAUUUUCAACCAUUUAGUUGUGUACUUUCUCACCACACACAUGUAUAUGUAUGCAUCUAAAUAUGAGUAUGUCUAAGUGAAAUAUUUUGUGAGUCAGCCUAUUAUUUACUGCAAGAACUGGAGGCUGUAUUUCCGUUUCCUUGCACUGGAAUAAUAGACAGCUUGUCAUUGGCUACAACACACAUUACAUACUACACAACGAACUUGAGAGAACUAUAUAAAACUAUUACAUACCAAACUACUCAGAACUAUUGCUACAACUUUGUUACCAGAACACUGUAAUAACACAGUAACAACUGUAUAAACAACUUACAACUGUUGAUCGAAGAUGAUUUCAGUGAUAUUGUUGAUUGUGGUGCUGAUGGCUAACAGCUGCCGGUGUGUGGAUCAUAUCUACCAUAUAAAAGAGAAUAAUGAUGUACACAGCUUCAUUGGAGAUAUUGUCAGUGAUACACAUUUACUGGAUAAUAUACAGACUCGAGAUGAUAGCAACAAACUGACAUUUAAUGUACUCCAGGGUGGUACUGAUGGAGGUGUUCAGUUAUUUAAUGUUACACCUGGAGGACAACUGUACACAGCUGCCAUAUUGGAUGCAGAAUCUCUUUGUCAAUAUAAUGUGGAAUGUUUCAGGAUAUUGGAAAUAGCAGUUCAAGAAGGCCAUUCUUUUAUGAAAAUAUUAGAAAUCAAAGUUGUAAUAGAAGAUGUCAAUGAUAAUUAUCCUAUUUUCCCAAACAAAGAAUUUCAUUUAACAUUUGAUGAAAGUGAUUCAAAAGGCUCAAAAGGAAGAAUUCCAAAAGCCAUCGACAAUGAUGUCAGUACUCAAAAUUCUAAACUUGUAUAUCAGCUUAAAAAAGGUGAAGAUAUUCCUUUCAAACUGUUCGUUUCUAAAGAAUUAGAUGGAACAGAUUUACUGCAACUAACUUUGGAAGGCAACUUAGAUCGUGAGAAAAAAGACAUUUACAAUUUUCAGUUGAUUGCAAGAAAUGGGGGAUCUCCGCAAAAGGAAGGUGUACUGGAUAUAAUGAUAUCAGUACAAGAUGAAAAUGAUAAUUCCCCAGUGUUCUCCCAGAAUAUCUAUAACAUCACUAUCAAUGAUACACACCAGAUAAACAAACCUGUUCUAAGACUUUCUGCCACAGAUUUAGAUAUGGGGGGAAAUGGAAAAAUUUCUUAUACUCUCAGUCCUAAAACACCGAAUAAGAUAAAAGAAUGCUUUCAAUUGAACAGAGUAACUGGAGACUUAUUUGUAACAACAGAAUUUCAGUUUGGAAAAUCCUAUAAAAUACUUGUCAAAGCCACAGAUAAUGGUAAACUGCCUUUGUCCUCAAUUGCCACUGUUUUCAUAAAUGGUAUCAGUCACAUUAACAAUUCACCAAACAUUGACUUCAGAUUUGUCAUUAAGUCAACGGGAAACACAGCUGCAAUCUCAGAAGCAUCUAAAAUUGGCAGUUUUGUUGCCUAUGUCAAAGUUACUGACAGUGACAAUGGAGCAAAUGGCCAAGUGAAAUGCCAUUUACAAAACAGAUAUCUUCAGCUAAUUUCAAUUUCUGAAAAGAAAUACAAAGUUGUUGUCAAGAGUGAAAUAGAUAGAGAGAGUGAGAAGAGCUUUAAUUUCACCAUUAAAUGUCUAGAUAAUGGUUUACCUCCGUUGAAAGUAGAGAAACGGUUUUCUGUGCUGGUUACUGACAUAAAUGAUGUACAACCUCAGUUUAGUCAGGACAUAUUUAAGUUUCUCACCUAUGAAAAUGAACACAAAGACUUCCCUGUUGGAUAUGUCAAUGCCACAGACCCAGAUAUUGGAGAUGGAGGACAAUUAACCUAUUCUCUAUUAUCUAAUGGAAAAGAUAUUCUACCAUUUCAGAUAUCUGAUGUGGGAUUCAUUUCCACAACUGAGUCCCUAGACAGAGAAGAAAAGAACCUGUAUGAGUUUAAGGUUUUAGUAAAAGAUAAAGGAACACCAUCACUGGAGAAGAGAGCAAAUGUUGUUGUUGAGGUUAUGGAUUUAAAUGAUAAUGCUCCCUAUUUCAGUUUCCCUAAUGUUGACCCUUUCAGUCUUAAUGUCCACUACCAUCCCCACUCUGACCAUGAUAUCACAGUUGUUAGGGCCUCUGACAGAGACAGCCAACACAAUGCCUUCCUCACAUAUGAAAUACUCAGAGGUAAUGAGAAACACUUAUUUCAAAUGAACCAUCACUCUGGUGUCUUAUCUUUCUCUCGCUCACUUUACCAAAAUGAUGCUGGAUUCUAUGAACUGGAAUUAGGUGUGAAAGACAGUGGCAGUCCAGUUCUGUCAUCGACAACAACUUUGUCUUUGACUCUCACAGUUAGUAACAGCACAUCAAAGAUAUUUAAGACCCCUUCAAAGACAACAACAGAAUCAAGUAAUGGUCUCCAAUUGAAUGUGAUGAUUGUUAUUGUUAUAGCAGCUGUGAUCGUAUCAGUUGUCAUAGUGAUCUCUAUAUCGAUCUGUAUAGUUCAUAGACUGAAGCAGACAGACAACAACUAUAACAACAGUGUUGAUAUGUACCACAAGGUUACACCUGCAUUAAACGUGCAAUCAAAAUAUAUAUUUGAUCCUACCUGUGUUCCUCCUGGAGUUCAGUACACAGUGGAGAGAAAUCUGAAGAAACCCCAACAACCAAUGGUAGAUAGAGAAGAUAUUCAGUACAGAACCAUGCCAAUGAUCAGAUUAAGAGAAAAUCAACAGAUGUUUGUUCCAAGAGAAGAAAGUAUGUCUCCAGGUUACAGAGAACUAAAUAGUGCUGACCAAUUCACUGAGAUGUCAACAUUGUCAUCUCUCACUGAUAGUGGUCAUGGGUGGAGUGUUGGCAGUGCUGGACACUAUGAGGAACUGCCAGAUUUGUGUCCUUAUCAAAGUGAUCACACAUGGAACAGGAGAAACCAACUUCCACACACAAUCAACAGAUCAAGGGGAAAUAACAAUGAUCGACAUCCUUAUCCAAACGUUGACAAUAAUACUUUUUGCAAUCGUGACCAAAUACCCUUGACUGUAACUGGUAACACAAUUGACAUAACUGAACAAUCAUUUUCAGAACCAAUGACAAGUGCCUUUAUUCCAUACUCUAAGCCACCCCUAACAACCGUACCAAAAGUAGCAACACUACCGAAGGUAUCUUCAUUAGCUCAGACUUUAAUUUUAUAUUUCAUUGCUUUAAACUUUAUUAAUAUUUCCAUCCAUUUAGUUGGAUUCAAAAUGUUUCCAGUAUUAAUGUUGAUGCUGUUGUUGUUGGCUGAGAGCUGCCUUUGUGUGGACCAUACCUACCAUGUGAAAGAGAACAAUGAUGUACACAGUUAUAUUGGAGAUAUUGUCACUGAUACACACUUAAUGGAUAAUAUACAGUCCCAGGAUAACAGCGACAAACUGACAUUUAAUGUUAUCCAGGGUGUUACUGACGGAAGUGUUCAGUUGUUUAAUGUUACACCUGGAGGACAACUGUACACAGCUUCCAUAUUGGAUGCAGAAAUUCUUUGUCAGUAUAAUGUGGAAUGUUUCAGGAUAUUGGAAAUAGCAGUUCAAGAAGGCCAUUCUUUUAUGAAGAUAUUAGAAAUCAAAGUUAUGAUAGAAGAUGUCAAUGAUAAUUAUCCUAUAUUUCCAAAAAAGGAACUUAAAAUACAAUUUGAUGAAAAUGAUUUGAUAGGAACGACAGAAACACUUCCCAAUGCUAUUGACAAAGAUUUCAGUGUUCAGAAUUCUAAACUCUCUUAUCAACUGAAAGCAGAUGAAGAUAUUCCUUUCAAAUUGUUUGUUUCUAAGAAAUCAGAUGGAAUUGAUUUAUUACAACUAAUUUUGGAAAGUAACUUGGAUCGUGAGAAAAAAGAUGUAUAUAAUAUACUAUUAAUUGCCAGAGAUGGAGGAUCACCACCAAAGGAAAGUAUAUUUCAUAUACAAAUAUUGGUAGAAGAUAAAAAUGAUAACUCCCCUGUUUUCUCGCAAAAUAUCUACAAUGUUACUGUAAAUGGUACGCACAGAAUAAACAAACCUAUUCUGAGGUUGUCUGCAACAGAUUUAGAUGAAGGAGAAAGUGGAAGAAUUUCUUAUAUCUUUAGUAAUGCCAAAACACCAAAUAAAAUAAAAGAAUGCUUUAAGUUGGAUGAAGCAACAGGAGAGUUGUUUCUGAAGCAAAAAUUUCAGUUUGGAAGAAUUUAUAAAUUAUUUGUUGAAGCCAGAGAUAAUGGUAUUCCUUCAAUGUCUUCAACAGUUCCCAUUCUAAUAAAUGGAAUCAGUCACAUUAACAAUCCACCAAACAUUGAUAUCAAAUUUGUUAUAAAGUCAACUGGAAACACAGCUUUCAUCUCAGAAGCAUCUAAAAUUGGCAGUUUUGUUGCUUAUGUCAAAGUUACCGACAAUGACAGUGGAAAAAAUGGACAAGUGAAGUGUCAUUUACAAAACAGAUAUCUUCAGCUAAUCUCAGUGUCUGAAAAGAAAUACAAAGUUGUUGUCAAGAGUGAAAUAGAUAGAGAAAGAGAAAAGAGCUUUAAUUUCACCAUUAAAUGUCAAGAUAAUGGUUUACCUCCAUUGAAAGUAGAGAAACAGUUUUCAAUGCUGGUUACUGACAUAAAUGAUGUACAACCUCAGUUUAGUCAGGACAUAUUUAAGUUUCUCACCUAUGAAAAUGAACACAAAGACUUCCCUGUUGGAUAUGUCAAUGCCACAGACCCAGAUAUUGGAGAUGGAGGACAAUUAACCUAUUCUCUAUUAUCUAAUGGAAAAGAUAUUCUACCAUUUCAGAUAUCUGAUGUGGGAUUCAUUUCCACAACUGAGUCCCUAGACAGAGAAGAAAAGAACCUGUAUGAGUUUAAGGUUUUAGUAAAAGAUAAAGGAACACCAUCACUGGAGAAGAGAGCAAAUGUUGUUGUUGAGGUUAUGGAUUUAAAUGAUAAUGCUCCCUAUUUCAGUUUCCCUAAUGUUGACCCUUUCAGUCUUAAUGUCCACUACCAUCCCCACUCUGACCAGGAUAUCACAGUUGUUAGGGCCUCUGACAGAGACAGCCAACACAAUGCCUUCCUCACAUAUGAAAUACUCAGAGGUAAUGAGAAACACUUAUUUCAAAUGAACCAUCACUCUGGUGUCUUAUCUUUCUCUCGCUCACUUUACCAAAAUGAUGCUGGAUUCUAUGAACUGGAAUUAGGUGUGAAAGACAGUGGCAGUCCAGUUCUGUCAUCGACAACAACUUUGUCUUUGACUCUAACAGUGAGUAACACCACAUCAAAGAUAUUUAAGACCUCUUCAAAGACAACAACAGAAUCAAGUAAUGGUCUCCAAUUGAAUGUGAUGAUUGUUAUUGUUAUAGCAGCUGUGAUCAUAUCAGUUGUCAUAGUGAUCUCUAUAUCGAUCUGUAUAGUUCAUAGACUGAAGCAGACAGACAACAACUAUAACAACAGUGUUGAUAUGUACCACAAGGUUACACCUGCAUUAAACACCCAAUCGAAAUAUAUAUUUGUUCCUCCUGGUAUUCAGUACACAUUGGAGAGAAACAUGAGCAAAUCUCAACAACCCAUGAUGGAUAUGGAAGGUGUUCACUGCAGUGAUGGAUGGGGUAAACCAGCUUUCAUUGAAACACAUCAACAGGUAUUUGUUCCAAGAGAAGAGAGCAUGUAUCCAGGUUAUAGAGAACUAAACAGUGCUGACCAAUUUAGUGAAAUGUCAACAUUAUCAUCUCAUAAUGAUAGUGGUCAUGGAUGGAGUGUCGGUAGUGCUGGACAUUAUGAAGAACUACCAGAUCUGUGCCGUUACCAAAGUGAUCUCACAUGGAUUAGGAGAAAUCGACUUCCACACACACUGAACAGAUCAAAGGGAGAUAACAAUGGCUAUCCCUUUCAACCAGACGCCGAUAUGGACUCUUCCUAUAAUCAAAUACCCUUGACUAUAAUUGGGACCACAUCGAAUAUAGCUAAACAUCCAUCUACGGUAGCAAGGACAAACGACUUUACUUCAAGUAGUAAAGUACCUCUAUCAGCUGUACCAAAGUACUCCAUAUGUUCACACACACUUAUGUAUAUGUAUGUGUGUGUGUGGGGGGGGGGAAGUAAACUUGUCUGUGAGUCAGCCCAUCAUUUACUUCAAGAACUGGAGGCUGUACUUCCGUUUCCUUGCAUUGGAAUAAAAGACAGCUUGUCAUUGGCCACAACACAUAUUACACACUACACAGCCCACUUCAUAGAACUAUGUAACAGUGUGUGUCACAUACCAAGCUCCUACUAUUAUUACAACUUCGUUACCAGAACACUGGAACAAUACAGUUACAACUGUAGAAGCAACUGGCAGAAGUAUAAACAACUUGACCAGUGGAAUAUAUUGAAGAAAAUUAAAGAGAUGUUUACCUUAAUAUUGUUGAUGUUGUUAAUGGUUGACAGUUGCUGGUGUGUGGAUCAUACCUACCACGUCAAAGAGAACAAUGAUAUAAACAGCUAUAUUGGAGAUAUUGUCACUGAUACGCACUUAUUGGAUAAUAUACAAUCUCAAGAUAACAGAAACAUACUGACAUUUAAUAUACUCCAGGGUGGUACCGAUGGAAGUGUUCAGUUGUUUAAUGUUACACCUGGAGGAAAACUGCACACAGCUGCCAUAUUGGAUGCAGAAAUUCUUUGUCAAUAUAAUGUGGAAUGUUUCAGGAUAUUGGAAAUAGCAGUUCAACAUGGUCAUUCUUUUCUCAAGAUAUUAGAAAUCAAAGUUAUGAUAGAAGAUGUCAAUGAUAAUUCUCCCAUGUUUCCCAACAAAGACUUUAAUAUACAGUUUGAUGAAAGUGCAACAAAAGGAAGAAAAGAAACACUUCCAAAUGCCUUUGACAAAGAUGUCAGUAUUGAGAACUCAAAGCUUUCUUAUGAACUGAGGAAUAAUAAUAAUAAAACUUUCCAAUUAAUGGUAAUAAAAGUUUCUAUCCGGAAAAGUAAAAUAGAAUUAAUUCUGAAUGGAAAACUAGACAGAGAAAUGAAGAAAAAUUAUGAUCUUCUUCUAAUGGCUACAGAUGGGGGAUACCCUCCAAAACAAGCAGAUAUGGCCAUACAUAUUUUAGUAAGAGAUAAGAAUGACAAUGCACCUGUAUUCUCCCAAAGUAUUUAUAAUGUCACAGUCAAAGAUACACAGAAUUUGCAUAAACCUAUUUUGAAUUUAACUGCUACAGAUGUAGAUCAGGGUACGAAUGGACAAAUUCUAUAUACAUUCAGUCCUGACACCUUAGAUAAAGAUAAGAAAUUCUUUAUUUUAAAUCAGACAUCUGGAGAAUUAUUUGUGAAGAAAGAAUUUGAAUUUGGAAAAAUCUAUAAAUUGUUAGUUGAAGCCACAGAUAAUGGAAAAAUACCUAUGUCUUCAACAGCCACCAUCCUUAUUAAAGGGAUCAGUUACCUUAAUAAUCCACCAAAAAUCCAUGUAAAAUUUAUCUUAAAGUCAGCAGGAAACAAAACAGUAAUCUCAGAAGCAUCUAAAAUUCACAGCUUUGUUGCUUAUGUCAAAGUUACUGACAAUGACAGUGGAGUAAAUGGACAAGUGAAGUGCCAUUUACAAAACAGAUAUCUUCAGCUUAUCUCAAUGUCUGAAAAGAAAUACAAAAUUGUUGUCAAGAGUGAAAUAGAUAGAGAGAGAGAGAAGAGCUUUAAUUUCACCAUUAAAUGUCAAGAUAAUGGUUUACCUCCAUUGAAAGUAGAGAAACAGUUUUCUAUGCUGGUUACUGACAUAAAUGAUGUACAACCUCAGUUUAGUCAGGACAUAUUUAAGUUUCUCACCUAUGAAAAUGAACACAAAGACUUCCCUGUUGGCUAUGUCAAUGCCACAGACCCAGAUAUUGGGGACGGAGGACAAUUAACCUAUUCUCUAUUAUCUAAUGGAAAAGAUAUUCUACCAUUUCAGAUAUCUGAUGUGGGAUUCAUUUCCACAACUGAGUCCCUAGACAGAGAAGAAAAGAACCUGUAUGAGUUUAAGGUUUUAGUAAAAGAUAAAGGAACACCAUCACUGGAGAAGAGAGCAAAUGUUGUUGUUGAGGUUAUGGAUUUAAAUGAUAAUGCUCCCUAUUUCAGUUUCCCUAAUGUUGACCCUUUCAGUCUUAAUGUCCACUACCAUCCCCACUCUGACCGUGAUAUCACAGUUGUUAGGGCCUCCGACAGAGACAGUCAACACAAUGCCUUCCUCACAUAUGAAAUACUCAGAGGUAAUGAGAAACACUUAUUUCAAAUGAACCAUCACUCUGGUGUCUUAUCUUUCUCUCGCUCACUUUACCAAAAUGAUGCUGGAUUCUAUGAACUGGAAUUAGGUGUGAAAGACAGUGGCAGUCCAGUUCUGUCAUCGACAACAAUUUUGUCUUUGACUCUAACAGUUAGUAACACCACAUCAAAGAUAUUUAAGACCCCUUCAAAGACAACAACAGAAUCAAGUAAUGGUCUCCAAUUGAAUGUGAUGAUUGUUAUUGUUAUAGCAGCUGUGAUCGUAUCAGUUGUCAUAGUGAUCUCUAUAUCAAUCUGUAUAGUUCAUAGACUGAAGCAGACAGACAGCAACUAUAACAACAGUGUUGAUAUGUACCACAAGGUUACACCUACAUUAAACAUCCAACCAAAGUAUACAUUUGACCCUACCUGUGUUCCUCCUGGAGUUCAGUACACAAUGGAGAGAAAUGUGAAAAAAUUUCAACAACCAAUGGUAGACAGAGACAAUAUUCACUGCAGAACUAUGUCUUAUAGAUGGAAUGAUCAGGCUUCAAGAGAAAACAAUCAGAUGUUUGUUCCAAGGGAAGAAAGCAUGUCUCCAGGUUACAGAGACCUAAACAGUGCUGACCAAUUCAGUGAGAUGUCAACGUUGUCAUCUCACACUGAUAGUGGUCAUGACUGGAGUGUCAGUAAUGCUGGACACUAUGAGGAACUGCCAGACCUGUGCCGUUACCAAGGUGAACUUACAUGGAACAGGAGAAAUCAACUUUCACCUACACUUAACAGAUCACAGGGAGAUAACAAUAACAGAUAUUAUCAACAUAACGCUGACAUAAACACGACCUGUUAUCCUGACCAAAUACCUGGUACCACAUGGAAUUUAACUGAACAACCAGUUUCAGUACCAAUGACAAGUCCGUUUACUUCAUACAGUAAUCCACCUCCACCAGAUGUACCUAAAGUAACAACACUGCCAGAGAGUAUCUUCAAUACCUUAGUGGAUCUUGAAGCAGAUGACAAAGCUAUAAAUGAUAGUGUAUUGGCAAAUCCUAUACUAAUGAAGAUGUUAUCAGUGAUACUGUUGGUGUUGUUAAUGACUGAAAGCUGCUGGUGUGCGUAUCAUAUCUACCGCAUGAAAGAGAACAAUGAUAUAAACAAUUAUAUUGGAGAUAUUGUCACUGAUAUGCACUUACUGGAUGAUAUACAGACUCAAGAUGAUAGAAGCAAACUGACAUUUAAAAUACUCCAGGGUAGUACUGAUGGAAGUGUUCAGUUGUUUAAUGUUACACCUGGAGGACAACUGUACACAGCUGCCAUAUUGGAUGCAGAAACAUUGUGCCAAUACAAUGUGGAAUGCUUCAGGAUUUUGGAAGUAGCAGUUCAACAUGGCCAUUCUGUUAUCAAGAUAUUAGAAGUCAAAGUUAUAAUAGAAGAUGUCAAUGAUAAUUCUCCUAUAUUUCCAAAUAAGGAAUUUCAAGUGUCAUUUGAUGAAAGUGUGACCAAAGGAAUCAAAGAAAUCAUUCCAAAUGCGAUUGAUAACGAUAUUAGCUCUCGGAAUUCUAAACUCAAUUAUCAACUGAAGGAAAAUGAAAAUGUUCCUUUUCAAUUGGUUGUUUCUAAGUCACGUGGAACUGAUUUAUUGCAACUAAUUUUAGAAGGUUCCUUAGACCGUGAGACAAAAGAUAUGUACAAUAUUCAGUUAAUUGCCAAAGAUCAAGGAACACCACCAAAGGAAGGUGUAUUGGAUAUAAAAAUAUUAGUGGGAGAUAAAAAUGAUAAUUUUCCUGUUUUCUCCCAGAAUAUUUACAAUGUCACUAUAAAUGAUACAUACCAGAGAAGCAAGCCUCUUGUUAAGGUCUCUGCAUCAGACUUAGAUAAAGGGGAAAAUGGAAGAAUUUCUUAUGUCUUUAAUAAUGUUAAAACACCUAAAAGGAUAAAAGAAAGCUUUAAAUUAGAGGAGGCAACAGGGGAGCUAUUUUUGAAGAAAGAAUUUAAUUUUGGUGAGAUUUACGAGAUAUUUAUUGAUGCCAGAGAUAAUGGUAAACCACCUAUGUCAUCAACAGUCACAGUUUUUAUAAAUGGUGUCAGUCAUCUUAACAAUCCUCCCAAAAUUGAUGUUAAAUUUGUUAUAAAGUCAACUGGAAACACAGCUGUCAUCUCAGAAGGAACUCAAAAUCAAAGUUUUGUUGCUUAUGUCAAAGUUACCGACAAUGACAGUGGAGAAAAUGGACAAGUGAAAUGUCAUUUACAAAAUAGAUAUCUUCAGCUAAUCUCAGAGUCUGAAAAGAAAUACAAAAUUAUUGUCAAGAGUGAAAUAGAUAGAGAGAGUGAGAAGAGCUUUAAUUUCACCAUUAAAUGUCAAGAUAAUGGUUUACCUCCAUUGAAAGUAGAGAAACAGUUUUCUAUGCUGGUCACUGACAUAAAUGAUGUACAACCUCAGUUUAGUCAGGACAUAUUUAAGUUUCUCACCUAUGAAAAUGAACACAAAGACUUCCCUGUUGGAUAUGUCAAUGCCACAGACCCAGAUAUUGGAGAUGGAGGACAAUUAACCUAUUCUCUAUUAUCUAAUGGAAAAGAUAUUCUACCAUUUCAGAUAUCUGAUGUGGGAUUCAUUUCCACAACUGAGUCCCUAGACAGAGAAGAAAAGAACCUGUAUGAGUUUAAGGUUUUAGUAAAAGAUAAAGGAACACCAUCACUGGAGAAGAGAGCAAAUGUUGUUGUUGAGGUUAUGGAUUUAAAUGAUAAUGCUCCCUAUUUCAGUUUCCCUAAUGUUGACCCUUUCAGUCUUAAUGUCCACUACCAUCCCCACUCUGACCAGGAUAUCACAGUUGUUAGGGCCUCUGACAGAGACAGCCAACACAAUGCCUUCCUCACAUAUGAAAUACUCAGAGGUAAUGAGAAACACUUAUUUCAAAUGAACCAUCACUCUGGUGUCUUAUCUUUCUCUCGCUCACUUUACCAAAAUGAUGCUGGAUUCUAUGAACUGGAAUUAGGUGUGAAAGACAGUGGCAGUCCAGUUCUGUCAUCGACAACAACUUUGUCUUUGACUCUCACAGUUAGUAAGAACACAUCAAAGAUAUUUAAGACCCCUUCAAAGACAACAACAGAAUCAAGUAAUGGUCUCCAAUUGAAUGUGAUGAUUGUUAUUGUUGUAGCAGCUGUGAUCGUAUCAGUUGUCAUAGUGAUCUCUAUAUCAAUCUGUAUAGUUCAUAGGUUGAAGCAGACAAAUAGAAACUAUAAUAGUAGUGUUGAUAUGUACCAUGGUGUUAUACCAGCAUUAAAUAUGCAAUCAAGAUAUAUGUUUUAUCCUGCUUGUGUUCCUCCUGGAGUUCAGUACACAUUGGAGAGAAAUGUGAAGAAAUCUCAACAACCAAUGGUAGACAGAGAAAAUAUUCACUGCUGGACUAUGACAAAUGAUAGACGGGUUGAACCAGCUUCAGUAAAACAUCAUCAGGUAUUUCUCCCAAGAGAAGAAAGUUCAUCUCCUGGUUACCAAGAGCUAAACAGACCUAACGAAUUCAAUGAGAUAUCAGCAAUGUCCACUCAUACUGAUAGUGGGCAUGACUGGGUUGUUGGUAGUGCUGAUCACUAUGAGGAACUGCCAGGUCUGUACUGUUAUCAAAGUGACCAUACGUGGAACAGGAGAAAUCCACUUCCAUGCACGCCCAGUGGUUCAAAGAGAGAUAAUAAUGGAUAUCAACCUAAUGGUGACAAUAUCACUGAUAACCAAAUACCUUUGACUAUAUUUGAUAAUACAUCUAAGAUCACUGAACAACCAUCUACUGUACCAAUGACAAGUCACUUUACUUCGAACAGUAAACCAGCACUACCAGCUGUACCUAAAGCAACAGCACUACCAAAAGUACCUUCAAUACCUCAGGUACCUUCAGUUUCCAUAGUAAAAAAUAUGCACAGUAACUCUACGGAAACACUGUAUUAAUAUAAGCAUCUUAUAAGUUGUCUUCACAACUUACAUAAUGAAAAUAAUACAAAAAUCAAUAGAAUAUUCCUCUAAACAUAUUUUAUAAUACAAGGAUUCUUUUUAUUUGGAUUGACAUGUUAGUGGUCAAUAUAUAUCACAUACAACUACAUAAUUCACUUAUUUUGGUAAUCUCCUUCCCAUACUCUUGAAAUACACUGAUAUAUUUCACCUAGUAUACUUUUGGU